CCAAGAACUGAAUCCAUUAUAGUGAGCGAAUAAGCGUCUUGGCCGAUACCGUUAGGCUAAGCGACCACGCAACUCAAGUUGUCAGUGACAGUUCCACACGUUUCGUCAAACUUUCACCUCUUAGGACCAUAUUCUGAGACCAGUUGAAGCACCAUGGUUGAAAGUGCGGGAACAGCUAGUCGUAAUGCUUCUGUCAUGAGUCAGCUGGAAGAUACGUCCAGGGAGUUGAAAGAGUGUUAUGAAAGGUUGGAUUUCAUCGAGACGAAACUCAGACGACGUUACUACCCAAAUGAUGAAAAGAAACGUUUAGAGCAGGAAGUGAAGGACAUAAAGACACACCUCUCAAGACAUGAGAAAGACCUGCGUUGCCUAAGGGGAGAGAACCGUGUUGCAAUGAUCCUCUCCGUUUUAAUACUGGCUUUGGGUGUUAUGAUAUAUAUGGUUUACACCAUGCUAUUUACAAGCUGAAAGUUGCUAAUAGGAUUUAAGAACUUGAUGGGUUUGAGGGUUUUUUUGUUUUGUUUGCAUUAUCGGUAUUUUGUUGCUUGGUGUCUUAGUUACAUGUGGGUGUGAUUCUGCUUGUUGGGGAGUCCCUCUUCUGUUCCAAGAAGAAAUGGUACCAUAAUUACAUUCAAUUUUUAUUCCAUUUCCUUAUUUUUCUCUCUUUUUUUUUUUUACGUUUCAUUAAUUAAAUUAAUUUGUGAAAAAAAAUAAUUCUUGGGUGUGUGACGAACAUUCCAUAGAUACUUUCCUGUACAGUACAUGUGUCUGCUGUCAUAUCACUUAAUCAGUAUGUAUAGAGUUUGGUAAGGUUCGUGUGUCAAGUGGUAGCUAAACUUCCUCUGAAUAUUAUUAGAUGAACUACUUAAUGUUGUAGUGUAGCUCAGCAGUAUGCUGUGCAAGUCACCAGAUUUAUUUUUUUGUUGAUUUUUUAAAAAUAGAGCAGUGAUAAUAUCUGAUUAUACAAAAAAUAAAAAUUGUGAGUCCAUGUCUUGUUUGUAGACUGCAAAUAAUGCAAUUUGAUUCAAAUCUGUCAAAUAAUCUUUAAUGACAUUACCAGUUCCACAAACUUUAUGAACUUGGCUAUAGCAGUAUAGCAGGUACAGUACAUUCCAUUGUCAUAUAAGUCAUGCAAUAGAGAAAUAGGAAGAUUUUAUGCAUUAGUAUAUUUCUCUCUGAGGUGCAUAUUCAUUGUUUUCUUUAUAUCAAAUGUAUGAGGGUAAUGCAAACUCUGGAAGAAAAUACAUUGAAUAUUUUAUUAAAA